AUGUCAAGCAUAUCCCAGUUCCUCAUGUACUCAUCACGCAAUGCUUCUCCCUGCCCUCAAGCCGAGCCUAAGCCACGGCAAGUUUGGACAGCGGAUGAGGAUAGAUUGCUCGCUGAAGCCGUUGCAAAGGAAACUCCAGCGAGUGGCUCAAUCAACUGGUGCAAAGUCGCCCUCCAUCUCUCGCGGCGCAACAACAAGGACUGCCGAAAACGCUGGCACUACAACUUCGCCCACAAUAUUCGCAAGGGCACCUGGACCAGAGAGGAAGACCAAAGGCUGCGUGAGGCCUUUGAUAUUUACGGCCCACGCUGGAGCGAGGUAGCCAAAAAGGGUGUUGAAUCACGCAACGGUGAUCAAUGCUGGAAGAGAUGGUAUGACUGCCUCGACCCCAUGAUCAAUAGGACUCCGUGGACGCCAGAAGAGGAUAUCCUCCUCCUUCAGAUGGUCUCUCAAAAAGGCCGCAGUUGGACGGAGAUUGUCAAGACCCAGUUCCCUACACGCACUUCUCUAUCUGCCAAAAAUAGAUUUUUGAUUCUUCGUCGUAGACAGGAAUCCGCUGCUUCUCCUUCUUCUGCUUCCUCACCUGCUUCAUCAACAUCUCACUCCAGGUCGUCAACUCCCAACUGCAGGCCCACCGUUACUAGCAGGACGAACAGGAGGACCACAAAAAUAACAGCGAGUCCUAGUCCACUGUUGAUGACUACAAGCCAACCACAAUACCUCUCACCCACACCACCACCACCAACCUCAAACCAACUCACCCCCGAGCUUGGACAUUGCUUUACUCCCUCUCCGCUUUCGCUAUCAGACAGUACCGAGUCUACAAUUUCUUCUCAGCAUGGAUUCGGUCUAGGUCUUCUCCUUCCUCCUUCAGCUAUGUCGAUGGCUACGUCCCCAUUCCCGGCAGCCACAACCACAGCCACAGCCACAACAACGGCAGAUGCCGCCGCCGGUUUUGAUCUAAUGUCUUUUGACAACAACGUGUAUAACUUCACGCAAAGUUGCAACUGGACUUAUACACCUGAUAUGAUGAUGGUAUCAGCGGCCGCGCCCACGUUUGGCAACGCCAUGAGCUAUACCACCUCGAAUGUGUCACCUUUCCCAUCAGUGUCAGCGUCGUCAGCGUCGUCAGCGUCGUCAUCGUCGUUCUCCUCGUCAGCAGCUUCGCCGCCAUCACUAUCGUUGAACGGGCUUUACAUCAUGCCUGUUGUUGAUCAGGGGUUGAACUUCAAUGAUCAGCAGCAUGUACCUGUAACGACUACGCAAGUACAAGCACAGGCGCAACAGCAACAGCAACAGCAACAGUUUGAGUUCCUUGUCCAAACGCCCACGCCGACGGGGACGGGAACUGGAGCCCCGGUCGGGUAUGCGAAUUGGUAA